UUCCAAGGAGAGAGAUCAUCCGCGCCUGCCGGGUAGGGAGAAAGCGUAUAAAAAGGAUCGGUCCAUGGACGAGCUCUCGCAGUAUCCGUAUACGUUUCUACACCCACUGUUUCAUUGGUGGUUCGAAAAAAUGCUUCCUUGCUCCCCUGUAUUGGUCGCGCUUCUGCUUGCAUCGCGAUCCGUGGUAGGCAGUAUCGAGAGUAGUUCCGGAGGUUGGCAGGGGAUAUCGGGUAGCGACUAUGGAACGGGACACGGGGUGGAAUUGGUCGGGCACGGGUUGGCCGGUUACGGUUCGUACGGUGGUGGCGGGGUCGGUCACGGGUUGUACGAGGGACACGUCCAGCAUCAUUAUGCGCCGGCAAUACCCGUCAGCCAGCACGUGGAGAUUACCAAACCUGUGCCCGUACCCGUUGUUAAAAAUGUCGGUGUGCCAGUUGCUCAGCCAGUGGCGAUAGGAGUUCCACAUCCGGUCGCCGUAGGAGUACCACAGCCUUUCCCAGUUCACGUACCGGUCGCGAAGCCGGUGGCGAUCCCCGUGGUGAAGACUGUGGCGAUCCCAGUGGAGAAAAAGGUUCCGUUCCCCGUGGAGAAGGUGAUACCUGUCCCGGUGGAGAAACACGUGCCCAUAACGGUGGAGAAGCACAUACCGGUCCCCGUGGAAAAGCCUUAUCCCAUUCACGUGCCUGUGUACAAACACGUGUUCCAUCGGGUCAAGUCUCACGGUUACGGGUGGAGCCAUUAAAAAGAAACUUAUUUUAAGGAUAUUACGCGUAUAAACGUAACGUGUAUUUAGCUCGCCCGUGUCGGCCGAUCCACGAGAGAAGAGCGGACGAUGAUCUUCCUUCCGCGAGUUUCGCUUCGAUUACGCUUUACGCUCGAGCGUAAAUCGAGCGCAAAGGAUGCGUCAGGAAGGAAUGCGACGAGAUGAGAUUGUUCGCGCAAAUAAAAUAGCUAUUCUUUAAAGCUGUUUUCGUCCAUCAUUUCGUUCAUUGUUCGUAUAUUUAUGAUUUCGUUACCCUGUUGUACCAAAUAAAAGAUCGAUUAUUAA